AGAAACAGAUGCCAAAGCUCUUUCCUAACCCAACAAUAUCACAACCCAAUCUCUGUUUAUCUUAAAUCCAAAAGCAAGUUCGUUCUCUUUCUCUAUGUCUCGGUUCUUUUCCGCAUGGAACAAGAAGAAAUUUCACCUCAACUUGAUACCCACACUUAUUUCUUCUUCUUCUUCUUCUUCUUCUUCUUCUUCUUCAUCACACACCCACUUGAAGAACCACUUCCACCACAACAUCAAUGGCCAUGGUCAAUGGAGACUACGUCUAUAUAGUAGUGGUAGCAAUGGGGAACCACCAGAGGAUUGGGCUCAUACUGUACCUCCUAAUGCUAUGCAUACUGUUAAUGUUAUUCGGGCUUCUGGGCCCCCAGAUGCGAACACUGCCUGGGUAGGGGGUUCCCAUUUGGGUAGGGAUUUGCCAACUCCAAAGCAAAUUUGCAAGGGUCUUGACAAGUUUGUUAUUGGCCAACACAGGGCCAAAAAGGUGCUAUCUGUGGCUGUUUAUAAUCACUAUAAAAGAAUAUACCACGCCUCUUUACUGAAAGGGUCAGGGGAAGAAGAUACAGGAAUUUCUGAAGGAUUUGAUGAUGAUGAUCAUGUGGAGCUAGAAAAGAGUAAUGUUCUCUUGAUGGGUCCAACGGGCUCAGGGAAGACAUUACUUGCAAAAACACUAGCACGUUUUGUGAAUGUCCCGUUUGUCAUUGCUGAUGCUACUACCUUAACACAGGCUGGUUAUGUUGGAGAAGAUGUCGAAUCAAUAUUGUAUAAACUACUUGCGGCAGCAGAGUUCAAUGUUCAAGCAGCUCAACAAGGGAUUGUUUACAUUGAUGAAGUGGACAAGAUAACUAAGAAGGCUGAGAGCUUGAAUAUUAGCCGGGAUGUUUCUGGUGAGGGUGUUCAGCAGGCAUUGUUAAAAAUGCUUGAAGGAACUAUAGUAAAUGUUCCUGAGAAAGGAGCAAGGAAGCAUCCACGGGGUGAUAACAUACAGAUUGACACAAAGAACAUUCUUUUUAUAUGUGGUGGAGCAUUUGUUGAUCUUGAAAAUACCAUUUCAGAGAGACGGCAAGAUUCUUCAAUUGGUUUUGGAGCACCAGUUCGUGCCAAUAUGAGAACUGGUGGAGUAACAAAUGCUGCAGUCACAUCAUCUUUACUUGAGUCGGUGGAAAGUGCUGAUCUUAUUGCAUAUGGUCUCAUACCAGAGUUUAUAGGACGAUUUCCAAUCUUAAUUAGCUUGUCAGCUCUUACUGAGGAUCAACUUAUGCAGGUCCUCACAGAACCAAAAAAUGCUCUUGCCAAGCAGUACAAGAAAUUAUUUACUAUGAAUAAUGUAAAGCUACACUUCACAGAGAAAGCUGUAAGAUUAAUCGCAAAGAAAGCAAUGGCCAAAAAUACUGGUGCCAGGGGUCUAAGAGCCCUACUGGAAGGCAUUUUAACUGAAGCCAUGUUUGAGAUUCCAGAUGUUAAAGCAGGAAAUGAACUGAUUGAUGCAGUUGUUGUUGACGAAGAGUCAGUAGGAUCAGUAAAUGCCCCUGGGUGUGGAGGAAAAAUUCUUUGUGGAGAUGGUGCUUUAGAGCUGUACCUAGCUAAGACGGAGAGUUCAGUGGUAAAUGGUCACAUACCUGAACCGGACUUGCAAGAGGGGGAACCAGAGAUUUCAUCAAGAGUCGUGAGCAUGUAAUAUUAUAUUUACCAUGAUCAAGGUGUAUAAUUCGUCAUUGUCAUUGUUAUCUGUAAAAAUCACAUUCAUAAUUUGCUGUAGUUAUCCCUUGUAUAAUGCAUAUAGCUUCUGUUUAGUUCAUUGAAUAGGAAGGAUAUAGAAGAAUGAAAGAGAUAGCAUUUUAAUUUGGCAGCACAUAAUGCAAAGUUUCAAUUGAUAUUAAUGAAGGUCUAUUUU